CCUAGUAAGAAACUUAUACAUCUAGCACUAUCUGCUUGUUUGGAUAUAAAGCCCACGCGGUGUCGCCUCCACGGUCGAACGCGCCCUUUCGUUACGUCAAUCACAUCAUCCAAAUCGACAUAAUGCAGCUCAAAUCUAGCCUUCUGGGCCUGAGCCUGAUCGGGCUGGCUUUCGCAGGGCAAUCGGUCGUCUGGGUGACCGAGACCGAGUACUUCUGCCCUUGCAGCAGUUCCUUGGGGACAACAACCUCGUCCAAGACAACCACGGCCUUUUUGACCACGUCCACUCUUGCCUCGAGCUCCUCCACCACUACUACCACAGUCAGCACUUCGACCACCGUGCACGUGGCCACGUCGAGUUCGACCACGAGCCCCUCCACCACGAGCACUACUAAAUCGACCUCGACCACUUCUUCCUUGGCUGCAACGGCAACCUGCAUCGCUAGCGGCGCCGAUUGCUCCGCCCAGACCGUCACUUACGGCUGUUGCGCCAGCGAUGGGCUGACGUGCGACUCGACCACUCUCAAAUGUGUGCCCGUCGACUCCAGUGGAGACGGGUCAAGUUCAAGCAGCUCUUCCACCACCACGGCCACAACCACUACUGUGUCGACCUCAACCACCUCUUCUUUGACCUCGACGGCGACUUGUAUUGCAAGUGGUGCCGACUGCUCUGCUCAAACUGCCACCUACGGCUGCUGCGCUAGCGACAACCUCACCUGCGACUCGACCACACUGACAUGUGUGCCUGUUGAUUAGAGUGCGAAAAGCAUGAAAGGACGGAGUUGAAGCAGGAACAUCGUUAAUUAAGGAAGCUGAUAUCGAUUUGGGAGCGCGGGUCAUUAUGGCGGGUUGUAGCAUAUUUUUAAAUUUCGUGUACCUAGUAUCAACUUGUUGGAAACCUGAUAGUUUAUUGCAUUACCCGUUGAGCGACUUGUAGUUCGAUAGCCUCUUCAUAUCAUGAGCAUUUCAAACUGUGUGUAGGCGAUAUUCCUCGACAAUGUAGUGGACAAAUAGUAAUG